CCGCAGGACCAGGAUGGAGUGCAAAUCCGUGUCCACGGCGAAGGUGGCCGCAGUGGUCGGGUUAGGAGUGGGUGCGGCGUUCAUUAUCCAGGACAGCGGAUACACUCUGGACUCAGACAGCACCAGGUACCGGAUCUGGAGGACGACCGGGCUGCAGGGCGCACCGGUGCGGGCCGUGGUCUGCGUCACCGCCGCGCUCUGCUUCCUGGCGGGGCUCUGGCUUUACCGGGUGCUCUUCAGCCCCCUGGAGCUGCUGAAAAGUUACGACGAGGUGGGAUACAUUGUUCCCGAGGGCCGCUCCAGAGCCCAGGCGGCCAACGAGAUCCGGCGCAGGAGGAAGACCGGAGAGCUGCCACCGGUGUAUCCGAACGGCUGGUACCGGGUUCUGGACUCACACCUGCUGCAGAGGGGCGAGGUCCGGAACGUCUCUGUGCUGGGUGAACAGGUGGUGGUGUUUCGGGGUCAGGAUGACAAGGCCUAUGUUCUGGACGCCUACUGCCCUCAUCUGGGAGCAAAUCUGGCUGUGGGAGGUCAAGUAGUGGGAAACUGCAUCGAGUGCCCAUUUCAUGGAUGGCAGUUCCAGGGUAACGAUGGCAAAUGUGUGAAGAUCCCAUAUGCACAAAAAGUGCCAGAGUUUGCCGGUGUUCGUUGCUGGCCCAGCUGUGAGGUGAACGGUCAGGUACUGGUCUGGUUCCACUGUGAUGGAGAAGAUCCUCAGUGGGACAUCCCAGAACAGCAGGAGAUCACCAAUGGGGAGUGGGUCUAUCGGGGAAGAACUGAACAUUUUAUCAAUGCUCACAUACAGGAGAUUCCUGAAAAUGCAGCUGACGUGGCUCACCUGGCUCACCUGCACACACCUGGGAUGAUCAGCGGAGUUGAUUUACGCUACACAAACAGCAAAACCUGGGAGUUUAUGAGACAUGACUGGAAGGUUCAAUGGGAACCAGAGCCGGAGCCGAACAGACACUGCUCUCGGAUGUUGGUGAAACACGCUCUGACUCUGUUUGGGAUUCACUGGCAUCUGCUGGAUGUCAACGUGGUGGCGAGACAAGUUGGUCCGGGAGUGGUGUUUCUGCUAUUUAACCACAGUUUCUUGGGUCGGGGGGUGAUCUUGCAUUGUGUAACUCCUGUAGAGCCUCUGCUGCAGUGCGUCUCUCACACCAUCUUCUAUCAGGCCAACAUCCCUCCUGUGGUGCCCAAAUUCAUCCUGAAAUCAGAGUGUAUUCAGUUUGAGCGGGACAUCAUGAUCUGGAACAAUAAGAAGUACAUCUCAAAGCCGCUGCUGGUGAAGGAGGACUCGGCCAUCCUGAAACACCGUCGUUGGUACAGUCAGUUUUACAGCGAGAACAGCCCACGACUGCAGUACCGCCGCGACACUUUGGACUUCUAACCUCCCUUUACACCGAGGCAGAGAGGAUGUCAGGUCAGCGCUGGCAUUAAUCUUAUCCCAGGCAGGUCGUCCAUUGAUUUUUAUCUGUCACCCAUAAUAAAUUAACACAAGAAGUGGAGUGGUAGGACUGAAACGCUUAACGCUCCUCUCUAUGACUUACACUGAACAAAAAUAUAAACGUAACAUUUUUGUUUUUGCUCCCAUUUUAUAUGAGCUGAACUCAAAGAUCGAAGACUUUUUCUAUGUUCACAAAAGGCCUAUUUCUCUCAAAUAUUAUUCACAAAUCUGUCUAAAUCUGUGUUAGUGAGCACCUCUCCUUUGCCAAGAUAAUCCAUCCACCUCAUAGGUGUGGCAUAUCAAGAUGCUGAUUAGACAGCAUGAUUAAUGGACAGGUGUACCUUAGGCUGACCACAAUAAAAGGCCACACUAAAAUGUGCAGGUUGACUGA